AUGGCUGAGACUUACAUCCACCCGCUCGUCUAUGUCGAGACUUUCCUGAACCUGUCUCCCGAAGCGACUCACUGCAGAAACGUUCAGCACUAUGACCACGUGCUUGGCCGAAUCGAGCAGAAGCUGGACUUGGCCAUCACCCCGGGGCUCUCCCUCAGAGACCGUCUGCUCAUAGUCCAAGGCCGGCUCUCCGCGGACUGGACUCCGUGGACUUACCCGAUCCAAGACGAUGUCAACUCGCUUGACUUCGGGGAGGCGCUUCGACGCCUGAGCGACGAGUAUGUCCCACCCCGGGACAGUCUUGAGCAUGUGAUGCUUGUCACCAAGAUCAUGGUGUGCUUCGCUGUCAGACACCUGGCUCCUCCACCCGAGACUCUCGACUUCCUCAUUCUCCCGGAUGUCGGCGUCCUCCAUGACAUGGUCACCGUUCUGCUUCGCGACCAAGAGCCGAACCCCUCCUUCGAGGGCACAGGCGGCACUCGGCCAUCGACCACCCACCCUCAGCUGCACGACCUAGAGCAGCAAAUUGGUACUGUCUCGCAUACAGUACAGACUCUGGGCGAACUCUUCAGGGAAUCCUUGCCUGGCAAUUAUGAGGGAGGGCCACGGCGCCGCAAGAAAGCCAGACGCUCGAGACUAGACAAGUCUCGAUUCUCGGGCAGGGAGGGUGCGGCGGUGGGAGAUGUCGUCGUGGGCAUUUCCCCUCCGGCCAGUUCCUCUGGCGAGUGA